AUGUCUGGGUGCGGGUGCCUCCGCUGUGGCAGCUUCCUACUGAUCAUUCUCUUUGAGCUGACCAACCAGGGACCUCCCGGCCCCCUCUCAUCAAGCACGAAGCUGGUGCUGACAAGUUAUUCCGUGCGUUCCACAGUGGUAUCUCGCUAUGCCCACACCUUGAUCACUUCUGUCCUGUUCAACCCACAUGCUGAGGCCCAUGAAGCCAUCUUUGAGCUGGAUCUGCCUUGCCUCGCCUUUAUCUCCAAUUUCACUAUGACCAUCAACAAUAAAGUGUACAUUGCAGAAGUCAAAGAGAAGAACCAGGCCAAGAAAAUCUAUGAGGAAGCCCACGGGCAGGGAAAGACAGCUGCCCACGUAGGCGUCAGGCUCCGGGAAUCAGAAAAGUUCCGCAUCUCCACCAGCCUGGCAGCGGGCACACAGGUGACUUUUGCCUUGGCCUAUGAGGAACUGCUACGGCGACAACAAGGCCAGUACCAGCUGGUGGUGAACCUGAAGCCUGGCCAAGUGGUACCCAGACUGAGUGUGGAAGUCAUGGUGUCAGAGAGGACGGGCAUCAACUUUGUGCAAGUACCACCACUAAGGAGCAGUCACCAGAGCACCAAGGAUGACUCACGCCAGGCUGACUCGCCCCCGUCGACGAGGGUGGAGAGGGGCCAGACCUGUGUCCGAGUCACCUUCUGCCCGACGUUGCAAGAGCAGGCUGCCUUCUCCAGCGCAGGCCUCGCGGCUGACUUCGUGGUCCAGUAUGAUGUGGCCAUGGAGGCUGUCGUGGGCGACGUGCAGAUCUAUGACGGCUACUUUAUUCACUACUUUGCGCCCCGAGGCCUCCCACCCGUGGAGAAGAACGUGGUGUUUGUGAUUGACGUCAGUGGCUCCAUGUUUGGGACCAAGAUGAAGCAGACUAAAAAGGCCAUGAAUGUGAUCCUCAGUGACCUACAAGCCAACGAUUACUUCAACAUCAUCUCCUUUUCUGACACGGUUAAUGUCUGGAAAGCUGGAGGCUCAAUUCAGGCCACCGCUCAGAACGUGCACAGUGCCAAGAACUACUUGGAUCGCAUGGAAGCUGAAGGCUGGACCGAUAUCAACGCAGCUCUGCUGGAAGCUGCUUCGGUGCUGAACCACAGCAGCCAGGAACCUGGGAGGGGCCCCAGUGUGGGCAGGAUCCCUCUUAUCAUCUUCCUGACAGAUGGGGAGCCCACAGCUGGUGUGACGACCCCCGGUAAGAUCCUCUCCAAUGUCCGCCAAGCACUGGACCACAGAGUAGCCCUUUUCAGCUUGGCCUUUGGUGAUGAUGCUGACUUCCCACUGCUGCGUCGCCUGUCCCUGGAGAACCGAGGCAUAGCCCGACGUAUAUUUGAGGACACUGAUGCAGCCCUCCAGUUGCAGGGACUCUACGAGGAGAUCUCCAUGCCUCUGUUGGCAGAUGUGCGUCUGGACUACCUGGGAGGCUUGGUCGGGGCCUCCACUUGGGCUCUUUUUCCCAACUACUUUGGAGGUUCAGAGUUGGUGGUGGCAGGCCAAGUGCAGCCAGGUGAACAGGAACUUGGUAUCCACCUGGCAGCCCGUGGCCAUAAGGGUAAGCUUCUUGUGGCCCGCCAUAGUGAAAGUGCCACCAAUGGCAGCCAGAAAGCCUUCGGUUGCCCAGGACAACCAACUCCCAACGUGGCUCAUUUCAUCCGCCGCCUCUGGGCCUACAUCACCAUUCGAGAGCUGUUGGAGGCACGCUUCCAAGCCAGGGACACCACUACUCGCCAGCUGCUAGCUGCCAAGGUCCUCAACCUGUCCCUUGAAUACAACUUUGUCACACCUCUGACUUCAUUGGUUAUGGUGCAGCCCAAGGAGGACAGUGAGACCAAGAGACAGUAUUCUACCACAGUUGGGUCAAGCACCAUCAUGCCUUCAUCCAGCAACAGGCAUAGCCAGGGAACAGGCACAGAUCAGUCAGCUUUGGUGCCCAAGGUAUUCCCCAAAUCAAGGUCUGCGAAACCAACCUCAACUAUGACUGCCUCUACAAAGAAGAUACCCACUGCCAAGGAGUUGGAGCCACUGAGUCACAACUUUGGUACUCUAUCAACACCAGUACACCCAAAGUCCAAAACUCCAACACAACAGGAUUCUGUCACUUUUGCCCAGCCAACUCUCAGGAUGAAAGCUGCUGCCUCUGCACCUUUAAAUUCUGGGGCUUCGCUGCCUAUGAAUCCCAGCAUUCCAGCACCUCAGAAUCCUGCCACUCUAUCACCCAUGCAUUCCAGGAUGCAAGUCCCACCUCUGAUUCCUGGCAUCCCAGCACAGCCCAAAGCUGGCACAAAGAAGCAUUUUCCUCCCCUGCAUUCUGAACCAAGUGCUCCAUCACAACCAAAACCCAAACUCCCACCACACCCCCAGGCUGCAGUUCUCAUACCACAGUCCCCUAAAAGCCUGCCACAGCCCAGACCUGGGGUCUCCACACUUCAGAUUCCCAAACCUCCAUCACAUAUCAGACCUAAGGUCCCUCCUGCUCUCAAGAAUCCAAAUAACCUGCUGCACCCCAAAUCUGUGAUUAUUUCACCCAAGGUCCCCCAAACCCCAUCACUUUUUAAUCCUAAUGUGCCACCUCACCAAACUUCCACAAGCUUAUCACUUUCAAAGCCUGGGACUCCAGCCUCUUACACACCCAAAGCCCCUCUCCCUUCUAGUUCUGCCAGGCCCUGGCCCCCACCACUCCAGAACUUAAGCACAUUCCAGAGCACAGUUUCAAGGUCCACAGUUCCUGGUACUACCGUGACCACCUCAGUCCUUGGAGAACCUCUCCCCACUCCCUUUACUGUUGCUCUGCCCUCCCUGAUACCCACUGAAAGGCUCUGGCAUCAACAUGACCUGCUGGUGGAGUCUCAGAGCACCAGGAAAGUUCUGAGACCAUCUGUGCCAGGAGUUCCAACAACAGGUCUACCUAACAGCUCCAGGCCUAUGCCAGAAGGUAGUGCUCCAAAACUGCCAAUCUUGCUGCCUUCCAGCACUCUCCCUGAUGCCAUCAACCUGCUCCUUCUCCCUAAGGAGCUAAAGUUGUUGUCCGAGUCCAAGGUGGAAGCCAAGUUCGUGGAGUCCUUGGACCCACCAGCUUUCUAUACCUUCCUCACUCCUGAUGAAGAUGGAAGUCCACACUGGGGUGGAACGUCUGAGGAGAUCCUGGAAGGAGCUGGAGGCAGCAUGAAAUCUCAGAGAAAUUGGGUGCAGCCAGCAGAAGAUAUGCUGCCGAGCAUCUUCACUUUCUCAUCCUCAGUGGAUGGGGAUCCCCACUUUGUGGUACAUAUCCCACACUCAGAAGAGAGGAUCUGUUUCACACUGGAUGGACGCCCAGGAGACUUGUUGCAGCUCAUAGAGGACCCAAAAGCAGGGCUGCACGUGAGUGGGCGGCUGCUUGGGGCACCACCAAGGCCAGGGCACGAGGAUCAGAACCGCACCUACUUCCAGCUCAUCACAGUAACAACAGACAAGCCCUGGGCUUACACUAUUACCAUCAGACGCAGUUCUGUCUCUGUCCAAGGAGAGGGCACCUUGCACCUGUCCUGGGAUCAACCUACCAUACUAAGGAGGCCCCAACUGCAGCUCCAUGUAGCUGCAGCAAGCCAUCUCACACUCCGCCUUGGGCCAAACCUUGAGUUCCUAGUCCUCCGGCACCGCUACAUACACCCCAGUGCCCUGCAACUGCCACACCUGGGGUUCUAUGUGGUCGAUGGCUCAGGCCUCAGCACCUCAGCCCGUGGCCUGAUGGGGCAGUUCCAGCACUCUGACAUUCGGCUGGUGACAGGACCUACAGGGCCUUACCUGCAGAGGCGACAUGGCCCACAUGUGCCUGUGGUCCUAGGCAAGAAGCUGCUGAAGGACUCUCCACGGCUUCGGCCCCGCUGGGCUUCCUGCUGGCUGGUGAAGCGCUCUUUUGUAGAGAGGCUGCUGGGCCAGUCCAUCCUCAGCUAUGUCCUGUGA